CGCGAGCUCCUUCCAGAAAUUCGUUGCGCCGCCCUUGGGGGCAAAAAACGGUGAAAGCUAAAUGAUGGAAAUUUUCCAACAUUGAUCAACAUGGAUUUUCAUGUGGAAAAAAGUACAUUCUUACAAACAAUGCCAGACAGUGCUCCAGACCCAUUAUCAACAGAAAAAUUACAUUCCCAAUCAUUACCACCUAGUGUUCCAUGCUAUUUUUGUAACGAUAUUACAAAAGAAAAAGCAUUGGCGUUGAUUCUUAAAUGUGCCGACUUUGCUGCUAAAAAACAUAGCAAACAACGACGGAAAGAUGUCGAGCAGACGCCAUACAUUAAUCACCCCAUAGGAGUUGCAAAUAUUUUAAUUGAGGAAGGUGGCAUAAACAAUCCUAUUGUCCUUGCCUCCGCUUUAUUACAUGAUACGGUUGAAGAUACAGAAACGACAUUUGAAGAAAUAGAGAUCAAUUUUGGCAGUGCUGUUGCUAAAAUUGUUAAGGAAGUUACUGAUGAUAAAACUCUGGAAAAAGAGGAACGCAAACGUCUUCAAAUUCAAAAUUCCCCAAAAAAGAGUCAUGAGGCAAAAUUAGUUACCCUUGCUGAUAAAGUUUACAAUCUACGAGAUUUGCAAAGGGCAACACCUGUUGGGUGGACAUAUACAAGAGUGAGAGAAUAUUUUAAGUGGGCAGAGGCUGUAAUAAAUGGUUGCCGUGGUACCAAUGCUAAAUUAGAGACAGCGAUAGAUGUAAUAUUUGCUAAUUACACAAAAAAUGUCCAAGAAAAGUGCAAUUGUAAAAAAACAGACUUAUGAUAAUAAUAUAUAAAAAUUGCCUUUAUGCUGUAAACCAUGAAAAAUAUUUUGUAUUUCAAUAUACAUGUACCAUGAUUUUGUACAGGA